UGUUGUACUAAGCUAAAUGACUCGAAAUCUAGCAAAUUUUCUUACGUCAACAUUUGGGCAUAAACUUAACAGGUGUAAGGUAUUAAGCAGAGUGGAUUACCUUUAGGACUUUUGUCCCUUUUCGCUUUCCUUAGUCAUCCACCGGUGGAAAAGUUUUUGCUUGAUGAGCAACCUGCUGAGCUAAAAUGAUUACUUCUAAGAGGAUCUAAGCAGAUGUUAUUAAGGAAGGCAUGAAUCAUCAGUCGACAGCGACCCCUGGUGCUACAUCUAACAGGGAGGUUCCUGUUAUACGCCUACAAGCGGAUUCAGAACUCUGGAAAAUUUAUGAAUUUGAAAAGACAUUGGGUCAAGGAAGUUUUGGAAUUGUUUAUGAAGCCACUCACAUCGCGACACAAACACAAUGGGCGAUAAAGGAGGUUCGCAAACCAGCGGCAGGAAGUUCAAAGUUUAAGAUGUUGGAUAACGAAAUAAACAUCCUGAAGCAAGUAGACCACGCCCACAUAAUACAUCUUGAAGUAACUUACAAUACACCUACGAAGAUUUGUCUGGUCACUGAGCUCUGCAGAGGGGGCACCCUGAAGCAGCAGCUCCAUCAAAAAAAAUUCUUUACAGAGGAUGAAACGAGAAAAAUUAUAUAUUGUUUAGCUGAUGCAGUUGUCUACCUUCAUAAAAGAGAUAUAGUGCACCGGGACCUGAAACUUGAAAACAUUCUUGUGAAGAAUUCUCUUGAUGAUAAUGAGAACUGCUUUGACAUUAAGGUGGCAGACUUUGGACUGUCGGUGAAGGCAGACGGUGUUGGGAUUAGGAAGGUAUUGACGGAAUCCUGUGGGACUCUCCUCUAUAUGGCCCCUGAAAUGAUGAGUGGCCGCGGUUACAGCCAUUGGUGUGAUGUUUGGAGCAUCGGAGUCAUUAUGUUUAUGCUGCUUUGUGGAGAGCCUCCAUUUCAUUCCAAAUCAAAGGAGAGACUGCUCAGGAAAAUUAUGCGCAAGGAAGUAAAAUUUAUUCAACCCAUUUGGGCCACAGUUAGUGAUGGAGGAAAAUAUCUACUGACUUGCCUUCUGAAGGCUGACCCUGCUUACCGCAUGUCUGCUCAUCAACUGCUAGAGCAUCCCUGGAUUACCGGUGACACAACUGUGCCUUUGGGCCCGAGCAACGUGUUGGAGAUGAUGAAACACUAUGUGGGAAACGAAGACGGUAAUAAUGAAGAAGAAAGUGAGACUGAAAAUGACUCUGUGUCCACCUCUUCGGAGGACGAUGAAGUGCCAGGCCUGGACAUUAUCUGCUUGCCCUCAAAGAAAGGAAGCCUUUGUGAGUCCACAAAAGCUGCAAAAGCAAAGGUUCAACCUUCAAAAGGUUCAAUAGUAAAGGUUUCCCCUGAGAGAAGCACCUCCAGACCGUCCACAUCCACCAAGCUGAGUCUUAGUAGAAAAAGUUCAACCCUGCUGAGUACAAUAUCGGAAAAAUCUGAAGACAAGACGGACACAACACAGAAGUCGGCCAGUCACUCAACAAAGUCAGAGAAGGGACAUUCGACCAGUCACUCAACAAAGUCAGAGAAGGGACAUUCGACCAGUCACUCAACAAAGUCAGAGAAGGGACAUUCGACCAGUCACUCAACAAAAUCAGAGAAGGGACAUUCGACCAGUCUCUCAACAAAGUCAGAGAAGGGACAUUCAUCUACGAGUAAAACAGAAACACCUCUGCCACAUGACAAAGCAAAAAUAAAAAGUCACAAAAAAAAAAAGUCAAAAAAGGACAAAUCCAACUCAUCAGAGCAAAAAAGCAAAACGAAAGAAAAAAAAGAAAUAAAGGGGAAAAAAUGAGUCGAAUCAAUCAUAUGAGAAAACAUAUGAUUGAUAUGUUUUUAUGAUUUAUACACAACAAGGGAAUUGUUGUGUUUUGAUCAUUUUAAUAUUUAUGCAUUUCUGUUUUUUUUUUUUUUUUUUUUUACUUUAGCACAUGUGAAUGUAACCGCAAUCAGUGGUGCUACCCCAGCAGUGCUGGCUGGGGAGGAAGCAGGGGCUCCAGUGUUAAAGGAACGGGCCUCACAUGUAAUGUGACAAUAGUUCAAUAUGCCCAAACCCAUUGCACUUUGGGUGAGCAGCCUGAGCAGUGCUACCUUGUGCCAAUGCGAAGGCCCUACUCUGAGCUGUUUUUCCCAGCUAGACAAAAGUAAAAUUAUCAGACAGGUAAAACAUUUUUAUUUUUAUUUGAUUUUUCUAAGAGAAGUUAACAUGGGAGAAUGAAUACUUUCUUAUCAGGGUCUACCGAUACAGUUACCUUACAGAAAGAUAGAUUCAGUGAGGAAAAGUUGCCUUGGAAACUUACACAAAGUGAAUGCAGUAGUCAUCUGUUUAUUGCUGCUAGCAAAUAAUAUAAAUGUUAUCUUUUUACUUUUACCCUCUGCUAAUAUUUUCCUUUUUACAUUGUAUUCUUAUCUUGUUUCACUGCUACAUGCACAGAUAGGGAAUAAAACGAUUGAAAUGAACCAAACCUGAAACAGACUUGGCACUAGACUAAAUGUAGUGUGUGGAUUUUAUUUUACAUAUGCGCAUGCUACUGUGGCACAUGUACACAUCCAGGGUUUGAUUUGUGUUUUAAGAAUUACAUAUUUAACUGCAGGGACACUAAAACAGAACACAAACGAUUAGUUUGGAUAUCAUUUCGCAACACCGAACUAAGCAAUAGGGAUUUUGCUCCCUUUGUGCUCUGACCUCUCAAUCCCAAUGCGUUGCAUAUGCAGUGACUGCACCCACUCAGUGUCAAAACAGAGAAACUGUCACACAGGCUGGUUACGCUCCAUCUAAAUGCAGAGGAUUGGGACUGAGGGCAGCCACGGGUCUAAUCUCGUUUGGAGGCCACUGAAAGCAGCAGCAGCUACUUUGAGGGCACUGCCAUUCAAGCACAGGUCCCCCCCCUCCGCUGUAGAAAGAAUAAUCCCCAGCACAGAUACAACAUUAACGUAUCCAAGCAUAACACACAGAGGGUGAAUUUCAAAUCCACCCAUUUGCAUCUUGAAGUGAAUGAGUGCCAACAAUGGGCCCGUGUUCCUCCACAGGCUUUAUGUUUUAGUGCACAUGUGAGAAUGUAGCCUGAUCAGUUUUAUAUUUAUGUUUUUAGGACACAAGCGAUUGUUGAUGAAAGCUGCUUGCCAAAAAACCCCCCCAAAAAAACAAAAAGGACUGCUCUGCUACUGCGGCGUUACUGACACGCUGAAUGUCUCUGGUUUACUCAGAUUGCUAUAAAACAGCAGAUGGAGCUGUAGUUAGUUGCUGAAUUCAUUAAUUUGAGCUGUACCUAAAGCUACCUAAUUUUCAGCAUGAGGAUGUGUAAUUAGAAUUGAGUGCUUGAGCCACUGCCCAUUAAAAAAUGUGAUUUCCAUGUAAUCUGUCUCUAAUUAAUAUGUUGUAUGCUUACACCUCGACGGUCCAUGCAGUUAAAAUAAAGUUGUUAAUUCCUGA